AUGAUCUCAGUAGAGCGGAUGCGCAGGCCUGAUGAUUAUAUCGAUACAAUGACAAGAAUAUUCGAAGAAGAGUCAUGGUCGGCCGCCGAAUAUGCUGCUCCACUACUAUCGGUUAAUGGGCCGCAUAGCCAAGCAAAAUGUUUGCAAGUACACGAUUUUGGAUCUCGAGUCGACCGAGCGUUUGUUCCGUUUGAAACGUUUGACUCUAUUUGUUGCCUCCACAUUCAGGUUCUGUAUUACAUUUCUGCAAACAACUUUGAGGAUGCUUAUAAAACUCAAAUACAGAUAAUUCAACUCAUAAAUACGGAGUUGAUGCAAAAAAUGAAGGAAUCAAACUGGUAUAUGCCGAUUUUCUACGCUACAUCACGAGAUCUGAUUCAAUUGGCUAAAUUAGCAGACGAAAACGCGGACAUGGAGGAUACCGAAGGGGAAGAAACAUCAUUUUACGAAGAAAGUGCAAAAUAUAUUAUGGAGUGUUACAGAAGUUGCGUUACAGAUGCAAGUAAAAAUCCAAAUAUUACAAAGAAAAUAUCCAUGCUCAAUAUGACAAAUCAACUAUUUCGAAUCUACUUCAAGAUUAAUAAACUCAACUUACUCAAGCCUCUGAUCCGAGCCAUUGAUAACGCCGGUCCUUUACAAGCGCAUUUCUCAAUGGCUGAUCGUGUGACGUACAAUUAUUACUUGGGGAGAAAAGCGAUGUUUGACGGAGAACUGAUUCUUGCAGAAAAGUCGUUGACCUAUGCAUUUCGCAACUGCCCAACUACUCAGGGGCACAACAAACGAUUAAUAUUGACGUUCCUGAUUCCAGUUAAGAUGUUUCUCGGUCAUAUGCCAAAAACGGAACUUUUAAGGAAAUACAAGCUUGACUCUUUCGUAGAGGUUGUUGAAGCUGUUAAAGAAGGGCACUUAACACGAUUGGAUGGUGCGCUAAGGAACAACGAGGACUUUUUCAUAAACUGUGGCUUAUAUUUGAUUCUUGAAAAACUACGAGCAAUCACUUUUCGUACAUUAUUCAAGAAAGUAGCAUUAAUGGUUGGUGAAUCAAGAAUUCCGUUGGCUGGUUUUAUGAUAGCAGUUCAACUACAAGAAUUGGAUGAUGUGGAUGAAGACGAGAUUGAAUGUAUUGUUGCGACACUUGUUUCUGAGAAAAAGAUAAAAGGCUACAUUUCACACUCGCACCAGAUACUUGUGCUCAGUAAACAACAGCCAUUUCCGCCACUUUCCUCGAUAACUCCU